UAGUGAACCCAAAGUUCACUUUUCGCGGACACACAGAGGUUUGGUUCUCCUUUUCUUUCUUGCACUUGCAGCGCGGCCACUGAGGUCGAAAGAAUCGAUCCAAGGAAAUGGAAGACAUAGAGGACUUGUUGGUCGGCAGCGGCGGAGCUCCUCCUGGGUUUAGGUUACCUUUGAAUGCCGUCGGGGUAAAUCCCAGGAAGAAGAACACAGCCAAACCCAGCAAGAUUUCAACUAUGAAUGACCCUCCCAAAAUCCCUGGCACUCAGACUAUUUAUGUCAAGACUUUUGGGUUCUCCCAUAACAGGCAAAGUGACAGUGAAUAUAUGGCGGGUCAGCUUUCAGCAUUUGGCUAUGCAUUAUCUGACAAUCCUGAGGAAGGAGACCUUUGGCUAAUAAAUACAUGCACAGUGAAAAACCCAAGUCAGUCAGCAAUGAACACGUUAAUAACAAAAGGUAAAAGUGCAAAAAAGCUACUGGUGGUUGCUGGGUGUGUUCCUCAAGGAAGUCGAGAUUUGAAAGAGCUUGAGGGAGUCAGUAUAGUUGGAGUCCAGCAAAUUGACCGUGUUGUUGAAGUUGUAGAGGAGACCCUGAAAGGGCAUGAGGUGCGGCUUUUGAACCGCAAGACUUUGCCAGCACUGGACCUUCCUAAGGUCAGAAAGAACAAGUUUGUUGAGAUUCUUCCAAUUAAUGUCGGUUGUUUAGGUGCUUGCACUUAUUGCAAGACAAAGCAUGCUCGUGGUCACUUAGGGAGCUACACUGUUGACAGUCUUGUUGAGCGUGUCAAAACCGUUGUAGCUGAUGGUGUCAAGGAAAUAUGGUUGAGUAGUGAAGAUACUGGAGCAUAUGGUCGUGACAUUGGGGUUAACCUACCAAUUUUGUUGAAUGCCAUUGUUGCGGAACUUCCUCCUGAUGGGAGCACUAUGCUACGAAUUGGGAUGACUAAUCCUCCUUUUAUCUUGAAGCAUCUGAAAGAGAUAGCAGCUGUUUUGCGUCAUCCUUGUGUAUAUUCCUUUCUUCAUGUUCCAGUUCAAUCUGGCAGUGAUGCUGUCUUGACUGCCAUGAAUCGGGAAUAUACUGUGAGCGAGUUUAGGGCUGUGGUAGAUACCUUGACUGAACUCGUGCCAGGCAUGCAGAUUGCAACUGAUAUAAUAUGCGGAUUUCCUGGUGAAACUGAUGAAGAUUUUGCUCAAACAGUAAAACUUAUUAAGGAAUACAAGUUCCCACAAGUUCAUAUAUCGCAGUUCUAUCCUAGACCUGGAACUCCUGCUGCAAGGAUGAAAAAGGUCCCAAGCACUAUAGUGAAGAAUUGGAGCCGUGAAUUAACUUCUGUUUUUGAAGCAUUUACGCCGUACAAUGGAAUGGAAGACAGAGUUGAAAGAAUUUGGAUUACUGAAAUUGCAACUGAUGGAAUUCAUUUGGUUGGCCAUACGAAGGGAUAUGUGCAGGUUCUCAUAAUUGCUCCUGAAAGUAUUUUGGGUUCUUCAGCUAUGGUGAAGAUAACAUCCGUGGGAAGAUGGUCAGUGUUUGGGGAAGUGAUCGAGACUCUCACUCAAGUAAAUGUGAAAAUGGCUCCAGAGAAUGUUGCUACUCAAGAGAAACUGCCUCCUUGCUCCGAUAAGUAUGAGAGUUGCGCAUGCUCUAAGGAGUCAGAACCAUGCUCUUGUGGACUAGACAUUUGUGGAGGACAGAUUAGAUCGGAAGAAUAUGCAGUUUCCAAGAAUGAUAGUUUGAUGGAAAAUCGAGGCAGCAAAAAUCCAAUUCACUGGUUACUAAGGAAGCGAAAGAACCAUGAGCAUAAAAAGGUGGAGAAUCACAUUGCCAUGGGGCUAAAGAACAAGCAGGAAUGGGCCCUGGGGGGCUGGGGCAUAAUUGAUAGAGCUCUUCUUGUUGGAAUCUUUGUCAGCUUGUUAAUGAUUGUUGCAGCAAUAAUGCAUCUAGAAUUUAGGACUUUACCAUCAAAAUGAAUUUUGUCCUUUUACUGUUAUUCUCUUUUUGGUUUGGAAGAUUUCCAAUGUCAGAAUUACCUUUUCUUUGUUGUACUUUUUAACACAGGUGCCAAUGAGAUUGAGAGAUUUGCAGAAUAUUGUU